AUGUCUACAUCUGGAUUUGGUUGGACUGAGACUGGGUGUAUGUUGGACGUCAAGGAUGCCGAUUGGGAUGCAUACGUAAAGGUUAAUCCAAAGGUUAGAACAAUGCGUUUGAAGUCUUGGCCCUUAUACGGUGAUUGGGUUGAAAUAUUUGGAAAAGAUAGAGCGACCGGUGAGGGAGCAAAGAGCUUCACGGAUGCGGUAAAUGAUGUGUUACUAGACAAGAAUACAGACACAAUGCCGGCCCCUGCUACACCAAACGACAUACCCACUUAUUCGUUUGAUCCUCUACAUGAAAACGGAGUGGAGUCUUCGUCGGCACAAGAAGAUGAGAUUAGUGCUUCAAGCAAGCGAAAACGCGUAAUGAAAAGACAACGUGUAGUCCAACAUGUGGAGGAUGAAAUUGUGGGUAUGUUGUCUUCCUUAUGUGAUAACGCCAACAAACGUCUUACUGAAAUGGUUACAGGACCCGGGAUCGAACAAGCUGCAAAGGAGCAACGUCAGUCAGUGUAUGAGGCGAUAAAACAAAUUCCUGAAUUAACUACCGGGCAAACUGUCGCGGUCGCUCGGUAUUUAUGCAAAAACAAUGUUGAGCUAGAUCUCUUCUUUACUCUCGAUUACGAUGCUAAGGUCACUAUGGUUCAUCAGAUUUUACGCGACAUGUAA